AUGUCAGUGUUGUGUUGUGUAACCCCAAGUCCUAUGACCCCGGCGAAUCCGAGCCAGGAUUCAAAGAUGAAGGACAACAAUCCAGGAACUAGUAAAAUGCUAAACAAAAACUGGGUCCUGAAGCGCAAGCGCAGAAAGCUUCCAUGUGGUUCGGAUAUGUCCAGUGGCAGAGAAAGUAAAUCUAAACCCUCAGAAUCUCCAGCAAAUACUUCAUCAGUGCGCAGGCUGAAAAUUCAAACAACUUUUGAACGUACUUCCAGCAAAAAGAAAGGAAAUGAUGGGUAUUAUUAUGAAUGCGUUAUCUGUGAUCUUGGAGGAAACUUGCUGUGUUGUGAUAGCUGUCCCCGAACCUAUCAUCUUCAGUGUCUAGAUCCUCCUCUGAAGCGUAUUCCAACGGGCAAGUGGCAAUGUCCAAACUGUUGUACAAAAGGUGAUUCGCGUGAGCCAAUGAACCAUUUGGAUCAAAUCUCAAAGCGAGCAAGAACAAAAAUUAUCAUUGGAAAAUCUAAAAGUGUAAAUAAAUCGUGUAGCGCUGACAAUGUGUCCCCUAUUUUUGGAAGCCCCAUUCUUGGAAAGAAAAGAUCAUCAGGAAAAGGGAAGUUGUCCUCGUCUUGUCAAGCCCAAUCUGUUGAAAAGAAGCCGGAUUCUUCAUGCAUAGAUGUAUCUUGCAGUGCUAAGCCAAGUCCUCCUUCGCAUGAUGGUUCUGUUGAGGGUAGUUCGUUGUAUGUAGAUGCUGACAUUGAGAAGAAACCUGAAUUGUCUCCAACAGACACUCCUGCAGACGAGAAGUCAAUCUCUCUAGCUGAGGAGGUCUUGUCUUUAUCAAGGACAAAGGAUCUGAAGACAAAUGAAGAAACUUCUGAAAAGAAGUUGGACUUAUCAUGUAAUAAUGGAUCUCCAGGAAAUAAUGUUGCCCCUUUGUUUGGUGCUGCCACCCAGAAAUCCAGAAAAAGAAAGCUUAAGGUACAUAACAGUAACAGUAAAAAGAAACCUAAAGCUGAUAAGGGUAAAUGUGCUUCAGAUGCUUCUAGAAAGCAUACAUCAAGAUCAGAUUCUGCAUGCCCGGGAACUAAUAAGUCAGACAAGAAACGCAAGGCAGUGGACUUUGGGGUUUCUGCAUCUUUGUCAAAGAAGGAUGUUGGGACAGAGAGUGUACAUGUUGAGCUUAGAGACAAGAUUGCUCCUGAUGAAGAAGCACAUAUGUCACAUGAUCUACAUGGGGGAGGAAAAAUUGUAGUUGAAUCAUUGAAUUGCGAAGAAAAUGUUGUUGAUGAAUUUCAACAGGUGGAUCGGGUGCUGGGGUGUCGAGUUCAAGGUGAUACAAAGAACUGUUCAAAGCACAUCUCUCUGACAGAUGCAAAUGACCCGCAGUCAGAUGGUUUACCAACUCUAGACAAUAGGGACAAACUUUCAGAGAGGCAUCCAAGCUGUGAUAUGACGUUAGAUGGGGAAGCUGCCAGUGACUUUGUUAAGGGUCAGGAUAGUACUGUCAGGAAUUCUGAUGGGGGUAAAAACAUUAAGAAUGAUGUGGGAGUGCAUAAGAUACAUGUAUACAAAAGAUCUGUGACCAAAGUAUGUAGAGAAGGGAAUGCCAUAAAUUUAGAGAGGAGAUCUGCUGAGGAUUCCAACUCAAUAGCUGUAAAAGGUAAAAAUCAAGAUGACUCUGUUGCGAGUCCAGAGGUCUUGGUGAAAGCAGCUGAAAGGAUUUCACCAGAAGAGAACACUGAGGUUAGUUUGAGAAGUCAUGGUGAUAGUGAAGUUUCAAAAAAUUGUGAAACCCCUGUGUCUCAUGAAGUUGGGGAAACAAAGGAGGUGGAUAUGGACUUGAGAACGGAUAGUAGUCCUGAAAAACAAAGUAAAGAUCCCAUCUUGGCUGAAUCUGCUUCUUCUCAUGGAGUAACAGUCUCAUAUGAAUUUUUGGUUAAGUGGGUUGGGAAAUCUCAUAUUCACAACAGUUGGAUAUCGGAAACGCAGUUGAAAAUUCUGGCAAAGAGAAAACUAGACAAUUACAAGGCGAAGUAUGGGAGGGCAGUGAUAAAUAUUUGUGAGGAAAGGUGGAAGCUGCCUCAGCGUUUGAUUGCUCUUCGUUCCUCCACAGAUGGUUCUACUGAAGCUUUUGUGAAAUGGACUGGUCUUCCUUAUGAUGAAUGCACUUGGGAAAGUAUAAAUGCACCGGUGAUUUCCAAAGUGUCCCAUCUGGUUGAUUUAUUUAACCAGUUUGAAUGCCAAACAUUGGAAAAGAAUGAUAAUAAGGAUGGUAUAGAAAGGGGAAAGAUUGAUUUUCAGCAAAAUGAGAUAGUUACUCUCACUGAGCAGCCCAAGGAGCUGCAAGGAGGUUCGUUGUUUCCACAUCAGCUUGAAGCAUUGAAUUGGUUGCGUAAAUGCUGGCAUAGAUCAAAAAAUGUAAUACUUGCUGAUGAGAUGGGGCUUGGUAAAACGGUAUCUGCUUGUGCUUUCAUAUCGUCUUUAUAUUUUGAGUUUAAAGCCAAGCAGCCUUGUUUAGUUUUAGUUCCUCUUUCGACUAUGCCUAAUUGGAUGGCUGAGUUUGCAUUAUGGGCUCCUAAGCUGAAUGUCGUGGAGUAUCAUGGGUGUGCAAAAGCAAGAGCUAUAAUUCGCCAGUACGAAUGGCAUGCCAGUGAUCCAAGUGGUUUUGAUAAGAAAACAGAUUGUUAUAAAUUCAAUGUUCUUUUGACUACUUAUGAAAUGGUCCUUGCUGAUUCCUCUCAUCUACGUGGAGUUCCUUGGGAAGUUCUUGUGGUUGAUGAGGGACACCGUCUGAAGAAUUCGAGUAGUAAGCUUUUUAGCUUGCUCAAUACAUUUUCUUUUCAACAUCGUGUACUGUUGACUGGUACUCCCCUUCAAAACAACAUAGGGGAGAUGUUUAACUUGCUGAAUUUCUUGCAGCCAGCUUCAUUCCCUUCUCUGUCUUCAUUUGAGGAGAAGUUUAAUGAUCUCACAACUGCAGAAAAAGUAGAAGAACUGAAGAAACUUGUUGCUCCACAUAUGCUUCGGAGGCUUAAGAAAGAUGCCAUGCAGAAUAUACCCCCUAAGACUGAACGAAUUGUUCCUGUUGAGUUGUCAUCCAUCCAAGCUGAAUACUACCGCGCGAUGCUCACUAAAAACUAUCAGAUUUUGCGUAACAUGGGGAAAGGGGUUGCCCAGCAGUCAAUGCUAAACAUUGUGAUGCAAUUAAGAAAGGUUUGCAACCAUCCGUAUCUCAUACCAGGCACUGAGCCUGAUUCUGGUUCAACGGCGUUUCUGCAUGAAAUGCGUAUAAAAGCAUCAGCCAAGCUGACUCUGCUGCAUUCUAUGCUUAAGGAGUUACAUAAAAAAGGCCAUAGAGUCCUUAUAUUCUCACAGAUGACAAAACUUCUUGAUAUUCUUGAGGACUAUUUGACCAUUGAAUUUGGGCCCAAAACCUUUGAGAGAGUGGAUGGUUCUGUUUCUGUGGCAGAUCGCCAAACAGCAAUUGCAUGUUUUAACCAAGACAAAAGUCGGUUUGUCUUCUUAUUAUCGACACGCUCUUGUGGCCUUGGGAUCAAUUUGGCAACUGCUGACACUGUUAUCAUAUAUGAUUCGGACUUCAACCCGCAUGCAGAUAUUCAAGCAAUGAAUAGGGCACAUCGAAUUGGACAAUCAAAGAGACUUUUGGUGUACAGGCUUGUUGUCCGUGCUAGUGUUGAAGAACGCAUCUUGCAGCUUGCAAAGAAGAAACUGAUGCUUGAUCAGCUUUUCGUGAACAAGUCUGGAUCUCAGAAAGAGGUGGAAGAUAUUUUACGCUGGGGAACUGAACAACUUUUUAGUGAUUUUUCAAGCAUGACUGAAAAAGAUACAGGUGAAAACCAUAGCAACAAAGAUGAAGCAGGUACUGAUGUGGAACAUAAGCAUAAGAAGAGGGCUGGUGGUCUGGGAGAUGUGUACAAGGAUAAAUGUACAGAUGGAAGCACCAAGAUUGUGUGGGAUGAAAAUGCGAUAUUGAAAUUGCUUGACCGCUCAAACCUCCAGUCUGGUUCACCUGAUAAUGCUGAAGGGGAUUCAGAAAAUGAUAUGCUUGGCUCAGUAAAGGUAUGGUAUUAG